AUGGAUUGGGUCCCAAGUUCACGCCUGGCGACUUUCUCAGCCUCGGUGCUAUCAACCGUAUCUAUAAUUUCGGUCAUUAUCGGAUUGCCAAUGAUGCAUAUGCACAUCCAAAAACUUACCUCAGAGAUGUUGUCCGAAGUCGAAUUGUGCAAGGUUUGUAGUCAUGCGAAAACUUCCUUCUUCAGAAAAUUUUGGGUGUCACGCCGCAGCCGUCGCACGCGGCGAGUCGGCCCGCGAUAUUUGACAGACUCUUUUAUCUCAGGUGUGGAUGGAUUCCCUGGAAGAAAUGGCCCCAAUGGAAGGAAUGGCAAGUACCUACCUGCCCCACCUCCUGGCACCAACGCUUGCCAGAAAUGUCCUCCUGGGCCACCGGGACCGCCAGGAAUGCCUGGACCAAAAGGUCCUCGUGGUAACCCUGGCAGACCCGGCACACCUGGUCGUAUGGGUGAGGAUAAUCGACCCGGACCCCCAGGACCAGGAGGUAUUCGUGGCGAACCUGGACCACCAGGACCAAAAGGACCAACGGGAGAUCGUGGCAAGGUUCUAAAUGGUGCACCUCCUGGUCCUCCUGGUCCUCCAGGAAAGGUUGGACCACGUGGACCUCCAGGAAGUAAAGGUAUGGACGGAAAACCUGGUCAAAUGGGUAACCAAGGAAUUCGUGGUGCUGUUGGAACAAGAGGCGAUCCCGGUAAUCCUGGCUUGCCAGGUCCCCAAGGUCCAAAGGGUGAGCCCGGAUUACCAGGUUCUUGUGCUCAUUGUGAAGGAGGAGCUGGAGCAGGCGGUGGAGCACCUCCGAAGGAAGCGGAUUCCGCCGUCACUUCCAAAGAGGGAUAUAAGGAGAAUUUGUCGGGAGACGAAAAUAACGAGUUUCUGUGGAUUCAUUGA